CAGAAAACAGUUAGCUGGACGUAUUUUAAAGUCUGCAACUGAAACAAACAAAUCUUAUAUACAAGAUAAAGCACGUAGUGACUCACAUGGAAUUAUGAUUGCUUUUGACGGUUGGAAAAAUGUAAUAAAUCAAGAAAUCUUAGGCUCAGUACUAAUAAUGUCUAAUGGUGAAACGUUAGUAUGGAAUGUAAUUGAUAUUAGUGGACGAAGAAAAAAAUAUGAAGACAUAAUGGAAAUGACUGAAGAAAUAUUUAGAGAAAUUGAUGCAUUAGAAAUAAAAAUUAACGGGCUUGUAACAGACAGUGAUGCAGCUUAUGCUGCUUCGAG